GUGAAUCUAAUUACCAUUAUGAUAAUUAUAACAGCACUAUCAUCAAUUCUAAUAAUCGUAGCUUUUUGAAUACCCCUAAUGAAUCCAGACUCAGAAAAACUAUCCCCAUACGAAUGCGGAUUUGAUCCCCUGGGGUCAGCUCGACUACCAUUUUCACUACACUUCUUUCUAGUAGCUAUUUUAUUUAUCCUCUUUGAUCUUGAAAUUGCCCUCCUCCUCCCACUACCUUGAGGAAACCACCUACAUGACCCCACUAACACAUUCUUUUGAGCUGCAUCAGUAUUAGUAUUGCUAAUUUUAGGCUUAAUUUAUGAAUGAACCCAAGGCGGCCUAGAAUGAGCAGAAU